AUGCCGCAUGUCACUGCCCGAACACCCAGGAUGGCCCAGAGUGGGAGUCCUAAAAAUCUACCUGCAGACCAGGAUGCCUCUUCAACUUCCACCCGAGUAAUAGUGAAGACCCCAGGCAAGGAGCAAGACUUUAUAGUAGCAGACGACACCUCUGUAAGGCAGUUCAAGGAGAAGCUAUCAGCUCAUUUCAACUGCCAAACAGACCAAAUAGUGCUGGUCUUUAUGGGUCGCCUUCUCAGAGACCAUGACACGCUCACCCAGAGAGGUAUCCUGGAUGGCCACACCAUCUACCUGGUUAUCAAAUCUAAGCAUGGCUCUCCACCGCUUGCGCAUUGUUCCACGGACAUGUCAACCAGCAAGGCCUGCAGCAGGGAUGAGAGCAUCGAUGAAAACAGCAGUGGGGUACAUCAGCCUGGCAGUGUGAACGAAAUCCCAGUGGACUCACCCCUCUUGAUGAAGCCUGAGGUGUCCACGGAACAAAACCAGAACCUGGAAACAGGCACUUCUGAGCACAUGGCCCAGAUGCUAAAUAACUCUAGCUUCCAGCAGUUGAUGCUCAACAUGAACCUCAUGCGGCAGUUCAUUGACGAGCAUGCAGAGAUGCAACAGCUAGUGCAGCAGAAUCCAGAGGUCUUUCAAAUCCUUGACAAUUCUGAGAUCCUGUGGCAGACUCUGGAGCUGGCCAGGAACCUGACCAUCAUCCAAGAGAUAAUGCAGACACAACCAUCUGCACAGAACCUUGAACCGCCACAGAACCCGCAGCCGUAUCUAGGCGGAGAGACAAUUCCAGGUGGGGAGGAUACCCUGGGUCAGAUCUAUGCUGAUUUCAGUGAUCAGACACCCAACCACGUGCAUGAGUCCUCUGGGGGUAAUUGUGUAACAAAUCUCCUGUCAGGCCAGGUGCCAGAACAAGUCCAGUGCUCACGCUCAGUUCCACCACCAGCUCAGGAACAGCGGGACCAACUCCCACAGCUCCCGACAACCCGAGUUAUUUAUACGGGUUCGUGCGGUUUAUCCUCAGCCAAUGCCACCCUCAACAGGAUGAGCCACACUGCCAGGGUGAGUGCCUCUACCGGCUCGGCCAAGGACCAAAGUUAUAAGUGUGCUCUUCAGCAGCCAGCUGGGGUCCCAGCCCUCCUCAGCAUACAGCCUACUCAGCCGCCCCAAGAGGAAGGCAAGGAUGAUAUUUCUCCGAGAGACUUUGACCAGAGAUUGGAAGAUGAAUGGCUGCUGUGGGAUGAACAGACGAGUUCCCAGAUUACAGGCACCAUGAUGCAGCUGCUUAUGAACAACUCCUCCCUGGCAGCCCAAAUGAUGAUGCUUCUGAGUUUACCCCAGCUGAGUGAACAAUGGAAGCAGCAAAUGUUGCAGACACAGCUUUCUGACUUGCUGGUUUCUCUAGCCAACCCUAAGGCAUCCCAGGCAAUACUGCAGAUUGAGCAGGGUCUCCACCUGCUGGCCACAGAGGCUCCUGAUCUUCUGCCCUGUGUGGCACCCUACCUAUGGGGUCUCGGUUGGUUUCCUGCCCCCAGCUGUAGCUACCCUGAUAUUGAUAUGGCUUCCUGGUCCUGGGAUGUACACAACGUGCCUGAGCCAAAGGAACCUGAGAGUUGCCACAAAUCUGAAGCAGUCACGCAGAAUUUAAAAUCCCUAGCCAAAGACAACUCUCACUUUCUACAAGCCCCUGAAAUUCGCUUAAGCAAGCAGAUGAAAUAUCUCCGGGCCAUGGGCUUUGGAAACCAUCAUGCCAAUCUUCAGGCACUCAUUGCCACCGAGGGAGAUACCAAUGCUGCUAUCCGAAAACUCAAGAGAUCCCAGGGAUUCUAACCACCAUGCCUACCUCCUUGUUUGUUAGCUGCCUGCUAGUACCUUUGAUAGCUUCAUGUGACUUCUCUUGGUGCCUC